UGGACCGCCGCUCCGCCCUUUUGCGUCAGAGAAGGACAAAGUCAUUGAGGAAGGGUGAUAUUCGGCCUUUGAGUGCAGUCGCCGGCCGAGUAGCGGAGCGGAGGAGAAGCGGUUUCCGCCAUCUUAGAAGCUUCCUGCCGCCGCCAUGUUCUCGUCCAUAGUGCCGCUUGUGCGGCUCAACCCAUUCCACGCCCCGCAGCUGCAGCUGCAGCAAGACGGACUCAGCCUAAGGAAACUCCCGGCCGAACCCGCGGAGCCUUCGUGCACCCGGCGGAGCCUGGCAGCCGCUUCCGCAGAGGCAGAAGACUAUAGCUGUGCAUAUGGCUCUGGCAGAUUCUUCAUCCUUUGUGGCUUUGGUGGGAUUAUUAGCUGUGGUACCACGCACACAGCAUUGGUUCCUUUAGAUCUCGUUAAAUGCCGAAUUCAGGUGGAUCCACAAAAAUAUAAGAGCAUCUUCAACGGCUUUUCAGUUACUGUCAAAGAGGAUGGUGUUCGUGGUUUGGCAAAAGGAUGGGCUCCAACAUUUAUUGGAUAUUCCAUGCAAGGGCUCUGCAAAUUUGGUUUCUAUGAAGUCUUCAAAAUCAUGUAUAGCAACAUGUUGGGAGAGGAAAAUACAUAUCUGUGGCGUACAUCACUAUACUUAGCUGCAUCUGCCAGUGCAGAGUUCUUUGCUGAUAUUGCUCUGGCUCCAAUGGAAGCUGCUAAGGUGCGCAUUCAGACACAGCCUGGGUAUGCAAAUACACUGAGACAAGCUGCUCCAAAAAUGUUUGCAGAAGAAGGUGUUUGGGCUUUCUACAAAGGUGUUGUUCCAUUAUGGAUGAGGCAGAUUCCAUACACCAUGAUGAAAUUUGCCUGCUUUGAAAGAACUGUGGAAGCGCUUUACAAGUACGUUGUCCCGAAACCAAGGAGCGAAUGUUCAAAAGGAGAACAGCUGGUUGUUACAUUUGUAGCAGGUUAUAUAGCUGGGGUGUUCUGUGCCAUCGUUUCACAUCCUGCUGAUUCUGUGGUAUCCGUGUUGAACAAAGAAAAAGGCAGUUCAGCUGCUCAAGUACUGAAGAGGCUGGGAUUUAAAGGUGUAUGGAAGGGUCUGUUCGCCCGUAUUAUUAUGAUUGGUACUCUGACAGCACUACAGUGGUUCAUCUAUGACUCCGUGAAAGUUUAUUUCAGACUUCCCCGCCCACCUCCACCAGAGAUGCCAGAAUCUCUGAAGAAAAAGCUUGGUCUUUCUGAGUAGAUGGAUCAUGGACUGAAUGGCUAAAUAACAUCACGAAACUUUAUACACAUGGCAAUGUAGGAGAAUAAAGUAUUUGUUUGCUCAGGCCUCACUGUUGCUGUUGGUCAAAAUAAAAUACUAGAUUGACAAGUG